GCGUUAACACGUAUAUAUACAUACGUUGCGGGUUCUAUUAAGUAAAAUUAAUAAAAUAAACAUAAUAAACGUUUUGCAAUUUUUAAUUUUUAAAUUACGACGUUCAUUAUGUCUGUUAUAACUAAUGAAGACUUCGAUUGCAUAAGUGUUGGAGAUCUAUUUGUGAAACAAAAUAUGUGGUUAUGCGGAAUCAGUAGAGGGAGUUAAAACUUUGAAGAAAGGAAAAAGUUUAUUUAGAUUUAUAAUAAAUAAUCGUCAAGGACGUCAGGUUCGGGUAUUAGCAUGGGACCGAGAUGCUACAAAGUAUGAGUCUAUAAUUCAAGCGAAUUGUAUGUUCUCCCUGGAUUGUUUAAAGUGUACACCAGCCGACAAAAAUUAUUUUGAUCCAAGUGAGGAACUUGCUGAAUUUGAAUUGAACAUUUCAUCAAAAACAGAAUAUAAAAAAUUUGCCGCAGCUCCUGUCACGCAAACUUUACUUACAGUUUCUUUGAGUGAAAUUCCAAAUUUGUACGGUUUUAUCGUUACUGAAGGAUUUAUUCAUGACAACAUAACAACAAGCGGAAAAUAUGGUAAUGGGUCUGGCUCUAUUACUGAUCUUCAGUUCAAAGUAACUAUUCAGGUAUACAAUAUGAAAAAUCAAUCAAAUGUAAUUAAUGCUGGAUCACAUGUCAGAGUUAACGGUAAAUUGUGUCGCGAUAAAAACUUUGGAAUACCCUACAUUCAAUGCCAGGAUUUGUCAAACAUAACCCUCAUUGAUGAUAAAGUUUUGACUGAGAUACAGCUCAAUAGAAAUUAUAGAAGCCCUCAACCUAAACGGAUUAGAUCACCAUCGACAGCGCAUCAAGAGAAGAAAUUUUCUGCUGAUUGUAAAAAUCGAGAUGUACCAUUAUCUUCUUAACAGUAUCCGAAUUCAGAGAAGAUGGACAUUCCGGACGGUAGCAAGGAAACACGUUAAAGUUUUCACCGUUCAGAUACUAUUAGCAAUUAUCUUUUCAUUAUCUAUGGAAGUUAAUUUACGUUAAUAGAUUUUAAAUAGGUAUAUAUAACUGAUAAAAUGACUUAAUACUAUUGAGAUACUAAUAAUA